CGGUGAUGUUGGCCGUUUCCUGCUUCUUCUGACCAACUAGUGGUAGAGCGUUUCUUCAGUGCUGUUGCUACAGUGAAACACAUAGCUUAGACAUCAGUGGCUUCACACGAAGGAAUCAGAAGCCAGCCACUGAAACACACAAACGUCCAAAUCACAGCAAUGCGAAGGAAAUCAAGGAUAUUAUUAUGUUUUGCCGUCCUUUGGAUCCUCGGAAUAGCAUAUUAUUUCUAUUCGGGAACAGCGCCAAAUCGAAAGGAUGACUGGAAUGGCUUAAGUUCAAACAGAAUUUCAGCACACAUCAACACAGAUGACCGACCCCAUAGCUUGGAAACCCUUCCCCCAGGGAAGGUGAGGUGGCAGGACUUUGACCAGGACCUGUACGUUGGGGCAACAGUGGUAAGGCCAGGGCAGGAUCCCUACGCCCGAAACAAGUUCAACCAGGUGGAGAGUGACAAGCUUAGGAUGGACCGCAAUGUCCCGGAUACGAGACACGAACACUGUCGCCACAAGCAGUGGAGGACAGAUCUGCCUUCAUCUAGUGUGGUGAUCACCUUCCAUAAUGAGGCUCGUUCUGCUCUGCUCCGCACCGUGGUCAGUGUGCUGAAGAAAAGUCCUCUCCAUCUGGUCAAAGAGAUCAUCCUUGUGGACGACUACAGUGACAACCCUGAAGAUGGGGCAUUGCUUGGGAAAAUCGAGAAAGUCCGAGUUCUUCGGAAUGAUCGGCGAGAGGGUCUGAUGCGAUCGCGUGUCCGAGGGGCAGACGCAGCCACGGCGGGUGUCCUCACCUUCCUGGACAGCCACUGCGAGUGUAAUGAACACUGGCUGGAACCCCUGCUGGAGAGGGUGGCUGAGGACAGGACACGUGUUGUCUCUCCCAUCAUAGACGUCAUUAACAUGGACAACUUCCAGUAUGUUGGAGCCUCAGCUGAUCUCAAAGGAGGAUUUGACUGGAAUCUGGUCUUUAAGUGGGACUACAUGACUCUGGAGCAGAGGCGGGCGAGGCAGGGAAACCCUAUCGCGCCGAUCAAAACUCCUAUGAUUGCGGGUGGUCUCUUCGUCAUGGACAAAAGUUAUUUUGAGGAGCUUGGAAAAUACGACAUGAUGAUGGACGUGUGGGGGGGUGAAAAUCUUGAGAUCUCGUUCCGCGUGUGGCAGUGUGGGGGCAGUCUAGAGAUCAUUCCCUGUAGUCGUGUUGGACACGUCUUCAGGAAGCAGCACCCGUACACCUUUCCUGGAGGCAGCGGCACGGUGUUUGCCAGGAACACGAGGAGAGCGGCUGAGGUCUGGAUGGAUGAUUUCAAGAACUUUUACUACGCUGCUGUGCCUUCUGCACGGAAUGUCCCCUAUGGCAAUAUCCAGAGCAGGCUGGAGAUGAAGAAGAGGUUAGGCUGCAAGCCAUUCAAGUGGUACCUGGAGAACGUCUACCCAGAACUGCGGGUUCCUGACCACCAGGACAUAGCGUUCGGUGCUCUGCAGCAGGGUGGCAACUGUCUCGACACACUGGGGCACUUUGCUGAUGGUGUGGUGGGCGUCUACGAGUGCCACAAUGCCGGGGGCAACCAGGUACCAUUCGUGUCACAGGAAUGGGCCUUGACCAAGGAUAAGUCAGUGAAGCACAUGGACCUGUGUCUGACAGUGGUGGAGCGCACAGCCAGCUCCCAAAUCAAACUGCAGGGCUGCAGGGAAAAUGACAGCAGACAGAAAUGGGAGCAGAUUGAGAACAACUCCAAGCUGCGGCAUGUCGGCACCAACCUGUGCCUGGACAGCCGGAGCGCGCGCAGUGGCGGCCUGACGGUGGAGGUGUGCAGCCUCUCUUUGACCCAGCAGUGGAAGUUCACCCUCAACCUGCAGCCCUAGCCCCGUCCUGCCCUGGAGCUCCACCCCCUUAGUCCCGCCCUGGAGCGACAGCCCCCAGCUGCUCUGUUGGGCCGGUGUGCUGCUCUCAGCGAGGGGACGCUGCUGUCCAGCCGCAGCUAGCCCAGUCAUGCCCCUGCCCUACCCGGCCCCCAGGGUCAUGGGGCCACCCAAACGGACAACGAAAACAAACAAACAUGAUGACUUUUUUCCAUCCAACAAUAUACCUCACUCUUUUUCAUUUUUUUUUUUUUUUUUUUGGUCCAGCUUCUGGAAAGUGAAUCUAAACGAAAUGUUAAAAAAAAAAAAGGUUUGGUUUGAGGUUUACCUUCCUGUUUCUGAUGCCAGCGAGAAAGGGUCUGAUUUCUUAGUUGUUGCCGUUUAUUCUGACGUUUUUCCCACCAGUUAAUUUGUUUGUUUAAACAAAGAACACUAUUACAAAAAGGAUCUCUUUGUUGACAUUUUUCAAAUUUUGGCGCUCCCAUUUCUUUGACUUUUUUUCUUUAAACAAAGGGGACUUUUACUGUGUUGUUCUUUUCGUUGCCCAUAACCAACAUUGUGGAAUGUCAGCGACGCUCUAUAGAUGCUCCAUGUCCACGCAGCGUGUGGGCUGGAAUUUUGAAAGAGGACUGGCUCAGUAUAGUUCACCUUCCUUGGCUUGUCUCCUCUGCCAGGAUGGACACACGCGCAUGUGCGCGCACACACAUGCACACUGACUGUGGAGAAAGUCUGAAGGCCUUAUUUUCUUGAACUGAGUGUCGUAUGCAGUAACGAAAAAAACAUCUAAGGCCAGCCUUUUUUUUCUACAGUUUCUAUUAACUCGUCACUCUGUGUGUCUUGCGUCUCGAAGGUACAAUGUGUUUGGAUUUGAACCGCUUCCUUUUUGGGCCUCAGGAGUGUUUUUAAUGAGGUGCUGUUCUUGACUCCACACAGCACAUAACACUGGCUGCCCUCUUUGUCCCAAAACUGUCAUUAAUGUCUCAAGUUGUCAUGUGCAUUUUCCAUAUCUAAUCAGAACAGCUUCCUGUCAGAAGGAUUUCCUUGGAUGUAGCAACCUUAUAGUUAUUGAUAAUUUCAUGAUGUGGAAUAAUCAAGUUGGUGACAUGAUGGUUGUAACUGUGCUCAAGCUGUUUUGAUUUGAACAUGUAUUUGUUUUAUUACCGUUUUUGAUUUGUGUUGCUGUCCCAAGGGUUCCACCUUCUGCACACCUCACUGUUGUUUCCACAUGUUCAAAUGGUGACAGGACAGGAAUGUUGCUUGUGGUUCCUUUAUACUUUGACUGUGUGUACAUAUGCAUACAUGUGUAUACUUUACAGUCCUAAUUAUUCUUGUAUUUUAAUUUUGAUUAUGAGCUUCCCAGUACAAGUAGCAACGAAUGGUCUAAUUUGUGUGCUGUAACUUGUAUUACGUGAUUGUUUCAUGUUACUCUGUUUGGCUGGUUAGAGCAAUUGUCUAAAGAUGACUGUCUGAGCUGCUUUAAACAGAAAAGACGAUUCUGUCCAGCUGUGUGUGUGUGUGUGUGUGUGUGUGUGUGUGUGUGUGUGUGUGUGUGUGUGUGUGUGUUGGUUAGGGUCACAAGCGGCUUGAACGUAACUGAACACGAGGGGAGAAAGGUGUCUGUCUGUACUUUCUCUUAUACAUGUCACCAUGCUUUUGUCUUUUCUUGUUACUUUCAAUACUUUUCUUAAGUUCUGUCAGGUGAUGCUGAUUUAGCCCUCGGGGAGCAGUUUCUGUUUGUAAAUGAAAUGGGUUCAUAAGUUUUUGACUUGGUUCCAUAUCUCUGACUUUGUAUGUCUGAAUCAGGAUAGCCAUGUAGCAUUCUGUAAUUUAUUCUAGUAUAGGACUCCUAGACAAAAUGAGCCACUGUCAUACUGUAAACGUCGUGUUCAUGUUACCCAGUGUGUUUCCGACUUUGCUACAUCACCAUGUCUUUUUCCAGAUGCAGGGUAUCAUGGAUCCUUGGAAAUGGAUUCGAGGCAAACACAAGCCUUGCUGGAGGUGUGUGUAGUUGGUGACCAUCUUAAGAAUCUCUGAAUUGAGACUGAGUAGGUUGCGAAAAAGGACCCCUCCCCACCCGUUUACGUUCUAGCAACCUUUGUUGAGAGCAUGAAUUAGAGCUCUUGGAGUCAGAUAUGCCCUCUUUCCAGACAUCGGACAGAAAGUAAUUUCAUACAUGGUACAAGAUGAUGCACAUGUAAAGAACUUUUCCAUUAACCUUGAAGCGAUCUUACCUUUCUCCCGUUCUAAGGAGAACCCAGCAAAAUACUAUUGCCUAUAGCCAUUCAGUAAUUAUAACACAAACAUAUGGGCAACGUUCGGAAAAAACAUUUACAGAAAGAAACACUCAUUUAAUGGUAUCAAAAACAAAGCCAAAUACUGAGAAAGAAAUGAAUGACAAGGACUAAUUUCUGAUUUGGACUGAAUAUUUACAGAGUUAUUUACUGUUUGGUUUAGUUCUUUAAGCGUAUUUUAAAGAUCGGACAAAUUACAUCAACACAACUUGACCCCAAUUUUUUCUCUCCUUUACUUCAGUAUAAUGAUUGAGUGUUUUCAUAUAUUUGGCAACUUUAGGUUAAAGAAGGUCUUGACGUUGCAUUUAAUGGCAAAGGAGACAUGGGGUUAGCAGUUGUAAGAGUAUAUGUGUGUAUAUACAAUAUGUAUGUUCAUGCAUGUACAUAUACACAUACAAUUGCAGUUAAUAGUGACUUGGUCAAUUGUACAGCGCUUGUAUUUGUUCACUGUUUUAUAGAUAUGGCAAGAGGUUUACUUUGAAUGAGGAAAAAUUAACUUAAAUAAAAGUUUAUAUAUAUAAAAUCAAUGGUGUUUGUCUGAACUUAAGCUGCUCACCACCAACAGUUCUUACCUGCUAGAGAAACCAUAGUGCCCAGCCAGUAGACUUGUUCCUACUAGAAAAGUGAACUUAAAAUGACAAAAUGAAUCCAGAAUGCAGUAUUAUUACCGCAAUAGCAACACGGACAAAGCAAUUACUACAGUAUUUGGACACACUGGUAUAACCUGUGACAUCUGGACAUGCUGUGAUCUAGCCUUUGACAUUUGGACACACUGGUAUAACUUGUGACAUUUGGACAUGCAGUCGUAUAAUGUGUGUACGGGAGUUGGGUUACUGUGAAUUUUAAGUUUGUGUACAGAACUGACGGCAAUUAACUCAAUGUUCCCACCUCGUCUGGCACCAUCAAGAAAACUGUUCAGUGGCUCUCAAGCACUUUACAAUAACCAAGAUGUAGGAUGUAGCACAGAGAUAUUGGAAGAUGAUUGUCAUGUAAUUUUUAAAAAACUGUAUACAAAUGCAGUGUAAACAUUUAUAUAGAAGUCCAUCAUGAACUCGUAUACCAGAGGAUGAAUUCAAACAGUAAAUCCACUUUUAACCCCAAUGAUAUUUAAAAAAAAAACAACAACAAAAAAACCAUUUUAUUGGUGUGCAAAUUUGUGUAAACUUACACUGACAAUGGCAAAGAGAAAAGGAUGAAGCAAACGUCAAGAGUGGUGGUGUGACAAAAGAUCAGCAUUCCCUGCUAAAGUGGAAAAUCAGAGAACAUGAGCAUGUAAGCUGGCUGGCUCUCAAACUCACAGGCUA